AUGUCGACGACCACGACGACGACCACGACGGCGGCGGCCCAGCCCAUGACGGCCGAGACCAUCCUGCGCCUCUUCCCUGACAUUGACACCACCGACGAUGCGCUAUCGGGUCACGACGAGGAGCAGAUCCGCCUCAUGGACGAGAUGUGCAUCGUCACCGACGACAAUGACAUGCCCGUCGGCAAGGCCAGCAAGAAGAUCUGCCACCUCAUGACCAACAUCGACAAGGGCCUCCUCCACCGCGCGUUCUCCGUCUUCCUCUUCAACGACAAGAACGAGCUGCUGCUCCAGCAGCGCGCCACCGAGAAGAUCACCUUCCCCGACAUGUGGACCAACACGUGCUGCUCGCACCCGCUCUCCGUGUCGGGCGAGACGGGCUCGACACUCCCCGACGCCAUCGAGGGGGCCAAGCGCGCCGCCCAGCGCAAGCUGGACCACGAGCUGGGAAUCAAGAAGGAGCAGGUCCCCAUUGAGAAGUUCCGUUUCCUCACGCGCAUCCACUACAAGGCGCCGAGCGACGGCAAGUGGGGAGAGCACGAAGUCGACUACAUCCUCUUCAUCAAGGCCAACGUCGACCUCGACGUCAACCCCAACGAGGUGCAGGCCACGCAAUACGUCAGCGCCGACAAGCUCAAGCAGCUCUUCGAGGACCCCUCGCUCAAGUUCACGCCCUGGUUCAAGCUCAUCUGCAACUCGAUGCUGUUUGAGUGGUGGGAGCACGUCGACUCGGGCCUCGACAAGUACAUGAACGAGCAGGAGAUUCGCCGCAUGCUGUAG